AUGGCAUGUUUGGAGAAAAGUCUGUCCAGCUGUGGACAAAUGGACUUGCUGGAAAUCGUCCCUGGCCCAGUAGCACUCCAGCACGGCAUUGACUGGGAGAGAAGGGGGACGCGAGAAAAAGACAACGAUUCUUUGCUUUCCUUGGAGAAAGGGUGCGAAGUCCGUUCAGCCUUUGUGGAACAGCAGGAAGGUUCGGCUGGAUGUUCCGAUAGCCACUGUCUCUCGGGUGGUGCGAAGCCAGUCCCCCUGGAUCGCCUAGGGUGUCCCGGGCAUGCGCCACUGCAUCCCUGCAACGCAGCGUCCCGACUGCCCAGUUAUCGCUGCCAGGAGUUCCCUUCGAGGAAUCAUAAACUUGACCUCGAUGUUGCGCAAUUCUCGGACGGGGAUUGUAGGGAAUUGGGAGGGCCUGAUGACCCCGCGGACCCGAAAAAAACUAGCCGCCAAUGGCAUCAAAGUGGAUUUGCGUUUAUGUAUCAUGAUUCAUCGUCGCCGUGGGACGCCAUGAUGGUCACACCCGAGGGGCGAAACUAUGGGACUGCUUUGGCUAGUUUCUCUGCUGACGAAAAUAACCUCAGGGUGUGCCUCCGCGCACGGGAAGCUCUCGUCACAAGAGUCAACCGGAAGCCGGAUCUCAAGGGCGAUACGGAUGACAACGGGGAAGAGGCGCCUUUAUGCGGAGGAGAGGAGCACAGGAAAGGUGAAGUUCUCUGGGCCCUAGCACCUAGGGCACCGAGCAUGAAGGUGUCAGAAAAGCUUCACGGCGCGAGCGUGUGGAAACUCGGAGAGCUCUUUGCGGCUCUCGCACCUAACUAG